AUGAUGAGAUAUCAAAAAAAUUUUGAUUUUUAAGAAUCCCUUCAAAAACACUUUAACUAGAAUAAUUUACAAAAUAUAAAUCUAUCCCCACAAUCUAUCAAAUUAACUUAAACAACCUUUUCUGAACCUGAUGAAAAGUAAAACAUUUUUAAAGGCAAUAAUUCUAUAAAAAAGAUGAGAAAUAAAUGGCCUUACUAUACUAGAAACCCUAAACUCAACUAAAUACAGCUCAAAGAUUUGACUCCUACUAACAUAUCAUCUUCUCAAAACACCUAUUUUACUGGUGAUUAUAUUAUUGAAGCUGAGUCUCCAAUAUAAAAUAAAGAUAUAUUCAAUAAUUAAAAUUGA